AUGAAGGUAGAAAGGAGUGGAGCGACUGCGGUGGUGCAGGCAGCCUUCUGCGCUCCAAAGAAGGAGAAGGUGGCAAUUAAACGGAUCAAUCUUGAGAAGUGUCAGACGAGCAUGGAUGAACUUCUGAAAGAAAUUCAAGCCAUGAGUCAGUGCCAUCACCCCAACAUUGUAUCUUACUACACAUCGUUCGUGGUGAAAGAUGAGCUUUGGCUGGUGAUGAAGUUACUUAGUGGAGGCUCUGUUUUGGAUAUUAUAAAGCACAUUGUGGCCAAAGGAGAACACAAGACUGGUGUCCUGGAUGAACCCUGUAUAGCCACGAUCCUUAAAGAGGUGCUGGAGGGGCUGGACUACCUGCAUAAAAACGGACAAAUCCACAGGGAUGUGAAAGCAGGAAAUAUUCUUCUUGGAGAAGAUGGCUCAGUGCAAAUUGCAGACUUUGGCGUUAGCGCGUUUCUGGCCACUGGUGGUGACAUUACCAGAAAUAAAGUCAGGAAGACUUUUGUGGGCACACCUUGCUGGAUGGCACCAGAAGUUAUGGAACAGGUCAGAGGAUACGAUUUCAAGGCAGACAUCUGGAGCUUUGGGAUCACUGCAAUCGAACUGGCUACAGGGGCAGCUCCUUACCAUAAAUACCCGCCGAUGAAGGUCUUAAUGCUGACGCUACAAAAUGAUCCUCCGUCUUUGGAAACCGGUGUGCAAGAUAAGGAGAUGCUGAAGAAGUAUGGGAAAUCAUUUAGGAAGAUGAUUUCAUCAUGCCUACAAAAAGACCCCGAGAAAAGACCGACAGCAGCAGAACUCUUAAGACACAAAUUUUUCACGAAAGCAAAGAAUAAAGAAUUUUUACAAGAGAAGAUGUUGCAGAGAGCACCAACAAUCACUGAAAGAUCCAAAAAGGUCCGGAGAGUCCCAGGUUCCAGCGGACGUCUUCAUAAAACUGAAGAUGGUGGCUGGGAAUGGAGUGAUGAUGAACUAGAUGAAGAAAGUGAGGAAGGCAGAGCAGCAAUUUCACAGCUCAGG